AACAAUACAUGAAAGGGUAAAGGAAGCUCAAGGGAAUCUAGUUUUGGCUCAAAGAGAAGUGAUGGAGCGCCCUGCCUCCCCAGCUUUCCAAGCUGAGUAGAGGUGUAUGGUCCAGCUUCUAGGGCUUAAAAAAGAUGAAGAAGAGUUUUUCAAACAAAAAUCAAGGAUGAUGCGGAUCAACAGUGGAGAUCUUAAUACCAAUUACUUCCACGGUAUGGUCAGAACCAGGAAUUCCAGAAGUACAAUUACCAGUCAGGUUGCUGAAGAUGGUAGAAUUUUAGAAGGGAUCGAUGAAAUAGGCAAGGAGGCAGUGGACUUCUACAAGAAUCUACUUGGAAUGGCUAACUCCUCUCUCAAGCAUGUGACAGUGGGCACUUUCCAGAAGCUGCUGUUUCACCAUCUUCCUGAGGAGUCCUCUCUUUGUGAAGCCAUUUUUGCUGGCAAAAUCACCUCAGUGAUUAAGAAGAUGAAGCGGAGCAAAGCCCCUGGCCCUGAUGGGUUCCCCGCAGAAUUUUUCCAAGACAAUUGGAGUUUGGUUGGUCCAGUGACGAUCAAGGCAAUUAUGGAGUUCUUUGACACUGGAACACUCAGGAGAGAGGUAAAUUGCACAAUUCUCACCUUAAUCCCUAAAGUUCCAAAUGCCGGCUUUAUCAAAUAUUUCAGACCUAUCUCCUGCUGUAACUUCAUCUAUAAAUGCAUCUCGAAAAUCCUAGUUAAUCGAUUGAAAGAAGUGUUGCCACAACUUAUUAGUUCAAACCAGACUGCAUCUAUAAAGGGUAGGCUGAUUACAGACAAUAUAAUCCUUGCACAUGAAAUGGUCAAGUGGUACAAAAGGAAGAAUGUCUCAUCUCGUUGUGCCUUAAAAAUUGAUAUCAUGAAGACAUUUGAUAAUGUGGACUGGGGCUUUCUGGUCACUGUCAUGCUAGCAAUGGGGCUACCUGAGAAAGGUAUUAAAUGGGUUCAGUGUUGCCUUGAAUCUACUACUUUCUCUGUGUGUAUCAAUGGGGGUCUGACUGGAAACUUUCCUGCCAAGAAAGGACUUAGGCAAGGCUGCCCUUUAUCACCUUAUUUGUUUGCCAUAAGCAUGGAAGUCCUCUCUUGCAUGCUCAAUAGAGCAACAGCUAGGAAUGUGUUGCCAUACCAACCUCAGUGCCUCAGAAUAGGGCUAACUCACCUCUGUUUUGUGGACGAUCUGCUGAUUUUCACAAAAGGGUCAGGGGAGGCAGUUGGGACUGUUGCUACUAUCCUGGAAAAAUUCUAUCUAGUUUCUGGACUUAGAUGCAAUCCUUCCAAAAGCGAAUUUUUCUGUGCGGGUGUGACUGAAGAGGAAAGGGGUUUGUUGGCUAGCUGUUCUAGAUUCAAGGAAGGAGCCCUGCCUGUCAGGUAUCUGGGGAUUCCUCUAACUGCAGGUAAACUGAAAGCAGCAGAGUGUAGAGCUUUGGUGGAGAGGAUAACUAGUCGUACUAGAGGUUGGCAAGCAAAGCUGUUGACAUAUGCAGACAAACUCCAACUAAUAGUUGCUGUUCUAGCCAACAUUACUCAGUUUUGGAUGAACAUCAUUCAGCUCCCCAAGAAAGUCAUACGUGAAGUGGAAUCCCUGUGUUCGAAGUUCCUGUGGGGCAAUCUGGAGCAGAGGAAGAAGGCAAAAGUGGCCUGGAAACAUGUAGCUUUACCUAAAGAAGAAGGUGGCUUGGGGUUUAGGGACCUGUGGUCGUGGAAUCAAGCAUGCUUAGCUAGGCAUAUUUGGGCUGUUCUUGCAGAUCAGGAGACCCUGUGGAUAGCGUGGUUGAAGGAAUACAUGCUAUGAAAUUUUAGCAUCUGGGAAACUCAGACGAAAGGGUCCUGGUCCUAGAACAAAAUUCUGAAGAUAAGACCUCUUAUUAGCCCACAUAUGGUCAGAACUGAUGAUGGUGUAAAAUGGGAUGGUUCUAUCAUGGACAUGUUCAGUAUUAAAGCAGUCUGGGAGACUUUUAGACCAAGGCAGGCCACUAUCUCUUGGGUCAAACUGGUAUGGAAGGGGCCCUGGUUCCUAAAAAUUCCUUAUUAGCUUGGCUCGUUCUGCAGAACAGAAUCACUACUCUGGACAAGAUCAAGAGAUGGAAUCCAGAUGUCAUUGACAGCUGCCCUCUCUGUCUUUCUGAGGCAGAGUCUCGAGAGCACCUUUUCUUCUCUUGUUCUUAUGUCAGGGAGGUUUGGAGGUUAGUUUUUGGCCCAUGGCAGUUUCCUCUUGUAUGGUCGUUUCAUAGUGCAGUUUUAGCUGCAGUUUGCAGGGUGGGAGGAUGCUCGACAGGGUGUCACAUUUGGUGUUUGCUGGUUAGUGAAGUAUGGCGUGAGCGCUGUAGAAGAUUAUAUGGCAACAAGUCCAUGUCUCCAGCAGCACUGACUCAGAAGAUGGCCCAGGAGGUGGAGUACAAGCUAGCAGGAGAUGUUGUAUUUGCAGUAGCAGCUGAGGGUAAACCACUUUGGUUCAAAAUGUCUUAAUCUAUUUGCAGAUCCUAGCUAGAUGCAGACAGGUUUACAUUGUUUUGAUGUAGUGGAUGUCUUUGACUCUGAUUUUUGUUUUUUGAUGGCUGGUUGUUCUAGUUAGGCCUAUAGUAGUGCUGUAGUGGGGUUGUAAUUGCUGGUGCGAAACUGUGUAUUUUUUAUUGUAUGAUGAAUAAAGCCCACCAUUCAUCAAAAAGAUAUUGUUACUAGUAUUAGCAGCUUUAACGAUGUUGGUUGGGUUGCUAAGGAUGCGACUAACAGUUCUGGAGGCAUUUUGAUUUAUUGGGACAAGCUUGUUUUUGAGGAAGGAGGAGUCUUCUUUGGAUCCUUUUUCAUUGUUGUUGAUCUCCUUGAGGUGAUUUCGCAGAAACAGUGGAAAUUGUGUGUAGUGUAUGGUCCACAAGAACGGAAUGACAAGUUGGAUUUCAUUGCUAGCUUGGAUGUAUUAUGCAACUCUGCAGGUAAACCGUUGUGCAUAGCUCGGGGGGACUUUAACUUGGUGAGGUGUCAUGAGGAGUAUAUCGGGGUUAGGAGGAAUUCGGUAACUAUGGAUGAGUUCAAUGAUGUCAUUAACAAUUAUGCUUUGUUGGAUUUACCGAUGAGCGGUAGCACCUACAUUUGGAGCAAUGGUUGGGCUACGCAUCUUUCUCUCGCAUUGAUCGUGUACUCAUCUCCCCUGAUUUUGAUGCUUUAUUUCCCAGGUGUUCUCUUAUGGCUUUGGAGAGAGUAGAAUCUAAUAAUAAUCCUUUGCUGGUUUUGUGGGGUGAAGCGAGAAGGUUGAGACGUCCCUGGAAGUUUGAAAAUAUGUGGCUAAACGAUGAUCGUUUCUUCAGCAGCCUUGAUGAGUGGAUGUAACAGCCGAUUGAUGGUGUGGUUAAGGUUUUCCAAUGGACCAGAAGACUCAAAAAACUGAAGGGUUUGAUUAAAACUUGGAAUAGUGACUCACUUCUACUGUCACUCCAGGAAUUGGCCAAGUGAAACCACUUCCUAAAGCGUAGUAUAGCGGGUUUGGGUUUAAUUAUCAACUCGGGUCCUAGAUUUGAUGACUACUCAGUGAAUUCUUGUUAUCUAGCAAUGAAACUUUAAUGCAAGU